AUGCCUGCUGCAGUUCGGCCGAACCCGAACACGCUGCACAUCUGGACGGUUUCAGGAGAGGAAAUUGUUACUUCCGCUGAUUUUGCCGGUGAUGUGAGGUCCUUAAAGCAACAGCUCCAUAAACGGUUUAACAUUUCCCGAUUCAGGCAACGGCUGGUGCACAAAGGUCGCAGCCUGGAUGAUGAUUCCUGUGCAAGAGAGCUGCCAACCGAUUUGCAGUUGGUUUUCUUACCAUAUGCCAGUGUUUCUGAGGAGCAGGAGGAAGAGCUUAUCCUUGCAGCUAGUGUUGGCCAUGUGGCCUCUGUGGAGGAGAUUCUCAUGCGACCCCAAGACCCAAACAGACGCGGCGUCUUUCGACCCAUGCUUGGCGAUCCUGGCAACAACACAGCUCUUGGGAAAGCAUCCGACAGGGGUCACACGGAGGUCGUGCGUAUACUGCUAGAGGCCCGUGCAGACAAAGACGGCCAUGCCCUCGGUGGAGGCUACCAGGGCCCUGCUCUGGUCCUGGCAGCUGCCAGGGGGCAUGUUGAAAUUGUACGGCUCUUGUUGGAGGCCGGUGCAUCGAAAGAGGCGAUCGGAUACUUCUACGGAUCCGAGGUGACGCCACUGCUUGCGACAAUCGACGGGCACGAGCAAAUCGCCAGACCUGAGUCAGCCCAAGGCCCGAGGGAGAAGAACACAGAGGUCGCACGGCUUUUGUUGGAGGCGCGUGCAGAUCCAAACUCUCACCGACCGGAGUCGGUUCUUUGCUUAGGGCACGACGCAAGGCCUUUGGUGGCAGCUUGCCAAGGCGGACAUCUGAAAGCCGUGCGUUUGCUGUUGUUCGGCAGUGUUGACGACGAGAAGACGCCAGAUCGGAAGAUCACUGCAUCAGCAGACAUGCACAUUUCUCCAGCACUUGUUGCAGCAGCGUCAAACGGCCACUUGGAAGUUGCAAGAAUGCUUGAGGAGACAGUGCCGCAUUCACUUCCUGGCUAUCGUCAUACAAUGCCUAAAGACACCAUGCGUUUGCAUGUUCUAACGCCUCUCUUGUUGGCUUCCAUGUGGGGUCACGUAGGAAUCGCCGGCUUGCUUUUGGGUGCCCGUGCAGACGCAGAUAAAAUCUGCGGGCCGGACGACGCAAAGGCUCUCAGCGUCGCUGCCGGCGAAGGGCAUGAGGAGAUAGUGCGAUUGCUGCUGGAAGCUGGCAGGCAUCCUACCUUCACGUUCGACUUAUGUUGUAAGUGUUCCCGCAGCAAUCAGGAUGCUUAG